AUGGGUUGCUCUUGCUCAGUUCCUGUGAUGGCGGUGCAGCAGUCUGGGUCUCUUUGCUUGGAAGAUCAGCUAGGGUUGUUGUUAGGAUCUCGGCUUGUAUUGUUAGGCUUGCUGUUUGUUUGUCUGCUUCUUUUUUUAUUAAUUCUGUUUCUCCUGCUGAAACAGAAACAAUCAAGAUCACUUGGUGCGAAGCAAAAACCACCACGGCCUCCGGCUUGGCCAAUCGUUGGUAACAUCUUCGAUCUUGGAACCAUUCCACAUCGGACUUUAUACAAGCUUAGAUUCAAAUACGGACCUGUGGUUUGGUUAAGAAUAGGGUGGACUAACACCCUGGUGAUACAGUCUGCCAAGGCAGCCGAAGAGCUGUUCAAGAAUCAUGAUGCUACUUUCUGUGACCGGAAAGUUCCUGUAAUAUUCACAUCCCAUCACUACUGCGAGGGAUCGUUCUCUCUGGGACGGUAUGGCCCCAACUGGAUCUUUCGUCGCCGGCUUGUUACUGUGGAGCUCAUGACCAAAAAGCGAAUUAACGAGACUACUUCCCUUCGGCGAAAAUGUGUCGACAAUAUGAUAAAAUAUAUUGAGGAGGAUGUCACAGCGGCACGCACAAGAGGGGAAUCAGGGGAGUUAGCAGUAGCUCACUACGUCUUUGUCAUGGCGUUCAACCUCAUAGGCAACCUUAUGAUUUCGCAGGAUCUUCUGAAUUCUCAAUCGAAAGAAGGGGCAGAGUUCUUUGAUGCCUUGAACAAGGUCUCGGAGUUGGGUGCCAAGCCAAAUAUGGUCGACUUCUUUCCAUUUCUUACAGGGUUGGAUCCCCAGAGGAUGAAGAGGAACAUGGAGCUAGAACUAGGACGAACUUUGAAUAUAGUGGAGGGGUUUGUGAGAGAGGGUUGA